CAUCAUUGCAUGCAUGCCACACAGUUGUGUCCGAAGAAUGAAGGAAUUGGCAGAGAGUGGGUGGUGUGCAGAUUUAUUUACACGAGACUGAAAAGUUUUGUUUUGCUUAUUCAUUCAUGCAAAUGUGACCUGACCGUCUGCUGAAAAGUUCCCUUUGGUCCAGAGUCAUGUCGUGUGAGAAGGGCGACAGAGACCCCAUGGAGGAUCCCCUCUUCAUCUUGGAGAGUGGCGAGGUGUACAGGAACCCCACAGAGGUCAAGAUGAGCCAGAUCGUGAUGCCCUGCCACGCCAACCACUGUGGAGAGCUCAGCGUAGGACAGCUGCUCAAGUGGAUGGACUCCACAGCCUGCCUGUCUGCUGAAAGACAUGCUGGGUCUCCCUGUAUUACUGCCUCUGUUGACGACAUCCACUUUGAGCACACUAUAGGAGUCGGACAGGUUGUUAACAUCAAGGCAAAAGUGAACAGAGCCUUCACAUCCAGCAUGGAGGUGGGCAUCACGGUAAGCUGUGAGGACCUGUUCAGUAGCUGCCAGUGGAACGUGUGCAAUGCCUUUGCCACCUUUGUGGCUCGACGUACCGAGGAGGGGAAGGUGGACACACACACAGUGUUGGGGUGUGUGUGUGUGCACGUGCAGGUGCAGCUGAAGCAGGUGAUUCCGCGGACGCAGACAGAGCAGAUGGAGUACAGCAUCGCGGCAGAGAGGAGGAGGAUGAGACUGACUCAUGCUGAGAUCAUCACAGACCUACUGAGCAGCAACACAGCUCAACUAGGAGAGUGUCAGGAAUACCAGGGUGCGGUGUCAGCAGAGCGAACCCGGGUGGAGAGCGUGGAGCUGGUGCUGCCUCCCCAUGCCAACCACCAGGUCAGCACCUUCGGGGGUCAGAUCAUGGCCUGGAUGGAGAACGUGGCCACCAUCGCAGCAUGUCGUCUGUGUAACGCUCACCCCACUCUGAGGACCAUAGACAUGUUCCACUUCCGGGGCCCGUCUCACAUCGGUGACCGGCUGGUGCUAAAGGCCAUUGUUAACAAUGCCUUCAAACACAGUAUGGAGGUGGGUGUAUGUGCAGAGGCCUACCAGGGUGCGGGUGCGUUGCGGCACAUCAACAGCGCCUUCAUGACCUUUGAGGUGCUGGACAAGGACAGGAAGCCACGUACAUUACCCCGAAUACGACCCGAACCUGUGGAUGGGAAGAGACGCUAUCAGGAGGCUAUUGCUAGGAAGAAGAUCCGUCUGGAUAGAAAGUACAUAAUCUCCUGCAAGCAAACGGAGGUUCCUCUGUCUGUGCCCUGGGACAUCAGCAACCAGAUGUAUCUCAGCUACAACAAUGUGUCUGCACUGAAAAUGAUGGCUGCUCGAAGCAACUGGAUGUUAAGCUCUGAGAAAAAUAAGGUCCGUCUGUACACGCUGGAGGAGAACCAGAUACUGUGUUUUAAAGUGGAGACUCAUGUCACUGUCCCUGCUGAACAAGCGUUUCAUCUGCUCUCAGACCUGCGCAGGAGACAUGAGUGGGACAGGCAUUACCAAAAAUGUGAUGUGAUCAUCCAGGCAGAUGAGGAUGACACUAUCUACCGCGUGGCCACUCCGUGUGUCAGUAAGGGGGGGAAGGGCCAGGACUUCAUCCUUCUGGCCUCUAGGAGGAAGCCCUGUGACUCCAGGGACCCGUACCUGAUUGCCCUGCGCUCUGUCACCCUGCCGACCCAUCCUGCCACUGAGGACUACACCCGGGGGGAGGUGCUCUGUGCCGGCUUCAGUAUCUGGGAGGAGUCCAAUGCUGUCACCAAGAUCUCCUACUACAACCAAGCCACACCAGGAGUCCUCCCUUACAUCUCCAACGACAUUGCAGGCCUUUCCUCCAGCUUCUACGGCACCUUCUACUCCUGCAACAAGUACCUGGAGGAGAACAGAGACAGCCUGGCCAUCCUGCCCCCCUCUGACCUGUGACCGAAUGGUUUCAUCAUGCUGGCCCAGCACCUCCUACCCCAUGGGGCGGCAGGGUAGCCUAGUGGUUAGACCAGCAACCGAAAGGUUGCAAGUUCAAAUCCCCGAGCUGACAAGGUACAAAUCUGUCGUUCUGCUCCUGAACAGGCAGUUAACCCACUGUUCCUAGGUCGUCAUUGAAAAUAAGAAUUUGUUCUUAACUGACUUGCUUAGUUAAAUAAAGGUAAAAUUUAAAAAAUCCACCCCUCUCCUCCUUAGGAGAUACAGUUCUGGGAUACCCCCUCUCGACCUCAACUGCCAAGGAAAUCAGAAGUUAUGCAUUUCUUAAAUGUGGGAUUAGUCAAAGGACUUUUUGUUGUUACUGGUGUUACUGUCUUUGAUGUGAUAUUCCAGUGUACAUUUUAUACACUACAGGUUACUUACUUAUUGCAGUUGGGCUCUGUAUUAAAUGUUAGGUCUUAUCUGGGCAGUUAGUAGCCCUAUGCACAUGAGAAGUAUGCAAGUUGGUUUGUUAUGCUGCAGUUAGGCUUCCGAGUGGCGCAGCAGUCUAAGACACUGCAUCUCAGUGCAAGAGGCAUCACUACAGUCCCUGGUUCGUAUCCAGGAUGUUUCACAUCCAGCCGUGAUUGGGAGUCCCAUAGGGCGGCGCAUGAUUGGCCCAGCAUCGUCCGGGUUUGGCUAGAGUAGGUCAACAUUGUAAAUAAUAUUUUUUUUCCUAACUGACUUGCCUAGUUAAAUACUCUUAGACUGCCAGAACUUUUAGACUGCCUGGUCCCAGUUUGGCAUGACAAUGACCAUGGCAAUGACUUGGCUAUACAGCACAAACAUAUCUGGGACCAGGCUAUUUAGACCUAAUAUUUUUAAAAUGUGCAAUACUACGCUCUGUAAUAAAUGUUAGAGGCAUUUAAACAGUUAGUAGCCCUAUGAAUGUGAGACAUGCAAAUUGGUUUGUUAUGCUUCAGUUGAGUCUGACAUGCUUGUACAUGUUCUGCCUUGUCUCUAGCUACUGAACUGUGGGUAAAAAAGCAGACUAGUUCAUGCCUGAGCAUUUACAUGCAGCUUGUUUUAAAAUACUGGUAGGAUAUGUCCUACCUCAUUGAAUCAUGUUCGUAAUCAACCUUUCAAAUCUGUAGUCAAGAUGUACAUUAACUGUAAUUUUGAUUUGAGAGACUAAUGGUUAGCUUUAAAAAAAAAAAGAAACAGAUGUGGACAAUGGCCAAGUAUUUCAACAUGAGUAGACAUCAUGAGGUGAAUGAAUUUCUGUGAUUUCACUCAAACAAUAAACACUAUAGACCUUGGUUUG